ACAACUGAAGUUAAUACAUACUUGCUUUUAUCAUUCGCCAGGAAAAGCGUCAUAUUUAUCAGCCUGACCAAAGGUCGCUUUAUAGGUCCAACAACGGUGACACUCCAACAUAAUUAUAAUGCUUUAAAACUAUCUUUGUUUGUUGCGAAGGGAGUAGAUAACAUUCUUCUACUCAGUGCACAAUGACAUUGUGACGCUGGAUAUAGUAACAGGGGGAUUUUUCUUAUACCUUUUAGUACUACGUCUGGAGUCUGGACCUGAAGAGAGAACGAGACAAGUAUUAUCUGUUUAGUUUUUGAAUAUAUUCACAGCUUUGCGAAACACAUUGAUCUCUGUGCUGUAGACCAAUGUGGUGGUUAGAAAGGAAGAGCUGACAUGUAUUGAUACGUAAUACAAGUUAUCGAAGCAGGCGCUUUUCCAGAAAGCAUAUAAGACCAGUUCUUUAGAGAUAGUGCGUCAGGAUCUCAAGCGAUGGCGCAGAUGAAAGAUAUACCCGCGUCAAUACUUGCGUCAGACGGCAGUGAAGUGAAGGCUGGUGUACUAUCGAUCCUUGAAAAGAAGGGCAUUAAGAUGUUAAAGACGAGUGAUUACCAGUUGAACCCGUUAUAUUGGCGGCUCGUAUCAUAUGCUAGCCAAACGUACCUUCUAGGCUACCCUAAGCAGUUUGGAGGAGUAAAGGCAACCAAGAAACUCUUGAUAAAAGGAUGUUCUAUCGAGAUGAAUCUACCAGACAAGGUGGUCGUUUCCCCACACAGCAACGAGACAUUCCUCUGCAUCCAGUGCGGCGAGAAAAUAAUUUUUCUGAAGGCAGAGAGCAAACGGCAACGUAACAAAUGGGUAGACGCCAUUCGCAGUGCCAUGGAAGAACCGAUUUAUCAUCCAUCGACGGCUUCGACAGCAAGCACGGACUCGUCCGAGUCCUUCGACAUCCUUAAUCGCACCCGGGAUCAAUUGCGAGUUUCAAGUAGCGUUCACCAAACGGCGGACACCGCACCGCGACCAGGGCCUGAGUCGCGAAGGGUGAAUACCACUCCCGCUGGUCACUUCCAGGAUGCACAUCGAGACUCCAUCUCAUCCAUCCCUUCCAGUGCCCAAGCCUUGGCGCACCAGAAUCGAAGAUCUCCCAAACUGCCUGCUGCCAAUGAUCAUCAAUCCGAGCUAUCGGCAUUCCACUCUCUCAACUCUCAAGACAGAAUGAGAAGCUCAUCCAUAGGCAAACGAGGUUCUGAUAACUUGGAAAAUCGUAAUGACCUUGAUGAGUACAUAUACGGACUUGAAGAGAUCAGAGACAGCGGCAAGGAACAUGGCUUCAACAUACGACCGUUUUCUUCAUCGGCGAGCACCAGCCAACCGAAUUUGCGCCUGAGUGUUCCGGACCAGGAUAAGCUGAAGAGGCUCAGCGACGGACAGUCACGAUCUGUGCCAAAGACACUUCACCAGGCUUGCCCAAGUGAAUCAGGAUACGAAGUCCCGACGCCAGGCGGACAAGAUCAGGAGGAAGAGCUUUAUGAAGAUUUUAUAUCUGAUUUGAACUCCUACAUUUCCGUCCAGGAUUGCGACGAUCGAUCGUCGGUCUCGCAUGUGGACAAUCUAGGACUCAAGAGUGGAGGGACCCACUUCUACCUUGAAGAAAACCACUAUGACGUGCCACCAGAACUCCCAGCGCGUAAUUAUGACGACCCGCGCAAUGUAAAGGAGGGAGCACCGUUGAGGAAUAAGUCUUCCAAGAAGACGCGUGCACCGCAACCACCUGCAGCCCCCGUCGAUCAAAUGGAUUCUAUUGAAAGGGAAAAGACUGUUUGCUUGGAAAUCCAGAAACAGAGUGAGCACCAUGACCAACUCGCAGGAACGGAUAGACCAUCAGGUGGUGACAAGGUGAAAGAAAUAACUGAGAAAAUGAAGAGUAAUGAUCUGAAGGACGAGUCGCUGCACGCGUAUAUCCAGAGAUUUAGGGGUGAGCUGUUUCGUAAAGAUGGUUUCAUUGUCGAAGUAGAUAAAACCGACCUAUCUCCACAAACUAUCAAGUUGGUGUGUGUUGGUGAUUGCAUUUGUGUCGCUGCACUUCCGGGUACCAAAUUGCACUCUUUGCUACACGUCGAUGACGUCAUAGUGAAAGUAAAUCGACAAACCCUGCCCUCUGUAGAUUUCUGCUAUACACUCUUCAGCACAACAGAUGAGAAUAAAGUGCAGCUUCAUAUCAAAAGGGUAAUGCAUGGGAUCAUGUGUCACGUGACCUUGUCAGCCAAUGGGGAUGUCGAUUCUCUGGGUCUCGAAUUCGGGAACCAAAGUCAAGGCAAUGAGGUUACAUCAAUGGAUUUUGAUGGACUGGUAGCGAAGAGUGGUUACCCUUCUCGGCCGCAAACACAUGGUGCAGUCAAUGGUGGAAUACUGGUAAAUUGGAGCUUAGUUGAGAUAAAUCAGUCACCAGUCUCCUUAGAUAGCUCCCCAAAGGAUGUUUUGGAUCAGAUUCGGCGAUCAGGGUGUGAGCUAGCUCUUGUGUUUAUUCCAGUUGAUAUCACCAAUGUCUUCAGGGAGAAAUCUUGUGAAGAAUUCACUCAUCAGAGUUCUGGAGCAGAAGGGAAAUGUAGUUAGACACACUCUCGACGAUUCGAAAAUCCAUGACCACCCCCUCCUCGAUUUUCUGUAUCGGGAAAUACUCUAAAAUUUGAUUUAAAGACCAAGUCAAUCGGGCCGCGAUUUUUUUUUUUUCAUCAGUACUAUAAGGCAUCCGCAAAACAGCGUAUUAGAUUGUCAUUACCACUGCCCUCUCACGUCGGUCGGUUGCACAAGUAUUGAUGAAAAAAAAAUAUCGCAAUUGGGCCGAAUGAAAAAUGCUGUCUUGGUAAGAUGGAUACGUUUUAAAUGUCCACUGAUAUCGAAUGAAAAAUAACAAAGUAAUAUAAUUCUUAAGUUGGUAUCACUUCAAGGAUUUGUUGCAAAGGGAUGAAAAUGCCAAUCUUUUUAAAACUAUGUGGAUGUAAUAUUUUUUCUGAUAUUUACUCUUGUUUUA